AUGGGCAACGAGAACAGCACCGCAGGCAACCAGCAAGAGGACUCUGGCUUGAAUAAUGUCAUCCUGUGGCCUCCAAACCCUGAGCCUCUGCAGAGGACUUCUUCGGCGCGAAGUCCAGAAUCCGUGCAACCACCCGGGAACAGUCAGAGAGGAGAACGGAAGCCCGAGGAGGCACCCAGAGGCGCGGACCCAGGAGGCCUGUCCAGCGUCUGGCACGGAGGUUCCAGCUCUGCUUCUGAGGGUGCUGCCAGCCCAGACCCCUGCCUCGUGUCCCCGGAGGUGACUGAGCCGAGAGAGCACCCACAGGCAGCCAGGGGCCCAGAAGAUUCUCCACAUCCCAGUGCACCGGCGCCCCAGGAACGGGAGAGUCCCUCGUCCUCCAUGCGCUUUGCCGAGGGCUCCCCGGAAGGUUGCUUGGCGAGCCCAGAAGGGGAACAUGAAGGUUGGCCCCUGGUUCAACACCCUCAGAGGGAACCUUCUCCAAAUGGCCCGGCAGAGGCCCCGGCAGCCCCUGUCCCUCAGGACGACAACUCAACUCAGCACAAGGUGGUUUUUGUCGUCCCCAGUGCUGGAGGAGAGACAGGUUCGAAGGACGAAGAAGGGCAGAGACUGUCUUCCUCCAGCUCCACUGAUGAGUUGGCAGGAAUUCCACCAACUGCUUCUCCAGAGCCGAUGAAGGUGCAGCUCUGUGGAGAGGAUGCCCAGCCUGGUGAUUUCAACUCCCAAGGGCAAGAGGCUGCAGCUGGCUUUCCAUGGCCAGAGUCCCAGCAGGGAGCCCCCAAGGCUCAUGCUGCCCAACUAGGCCAAGAGGGCUCAGCCAGCCUGGAGGAGCCUCCCGUAAAACCCAUGACCUCAACCUCCCAAGAGCUAGCCCCCGAAUGCCCAGUGGAGGGGCCUCCUCAGGAUUUCACCGAUGAUGACGCGGGAUUCCUCGGGCCCUGCCCUCCCACUGGGACCAGUUCAGGGGCCGCCCACGAAGCUGAAGGGAAGGCCGAUUCCCAGGAAAGCUGCCAGCAGCUGAUGGGAGCGCUCCCGCGUGCAGAGCUGCCCUGGAAUUCUCCGGGUCCUGCCCUGGCGCCAGGGGACAAGGGCUCUUGGGAGGAGACUCUGGGUGCCCUUGAUGCUCAGGGUCACUUGCAGACCGGGAGCCAAGAUGUUGAGCCUGGUCAAGUCACCUGGGCAGCGACAGCUGACCAGCUGGAGGGAGUUUUGUUCAUGAGCCCUGAGCCUGCCCCACAUGCCGCAACCAAGGAUGCGGGUCCAGCUUCAAGCCUCCCCUCCCUGCCAGCUGCUCUGGCCUCCGUGGCUGCAGAACAAGCCAGGGAGAUGGUUUCCAUGGCCGAGAUGCCUGUUCUCACAGAUCUGGCUACAGAGAGGGUAGAAGCAGGGUUGUUAGAACCGGAGAAGCAAGCAUCAGACCUCAGAGGAGAAGGAGAGGGUUGGGAAGGAGGCCCCAGAGAGAUUCCUGCUCCUGCCUCCCUGGAGGAAAGGGCAGAGCUCAGGAAUAGGGAGCUAAGCCAUGAAGUCCAACCAAAGGUUCCAGCUCUCCCCACCCCCAGCGCAUCAGAUGAGAGUGCCAGCAGGUCACUAGGGCUGAAGGAUGAAGCCAAGGCCCCUGAAGACCCAGCUGUGACUGAGAAGGAAAGCAGAGACUCUGGGGCUGAUCCUAGAGGACAGGGAGCAGCCCCAGGGCCCCUUGAUGGUGCAAAUCCUGGGAAUCUACAGGCAGAGCAACCCGAGGCCUGGGGCUGCAAGCCUGAUCCAGAGGUGGACAAGGCCGAGGUUUCACAGCUGCCUGGAGAUGAAAGCACAGGCCUUCCAAACACAGUCCUAGCACAGCCACUCAGAGAGGAGAUCCCUGGGCAUGCGGACAGGUCCAACCCUCCCUCAGAAGAUGCAGCUUGGAACGUGGUGGCCCGUGGAAUGAUGGGAGAAUCCCAAGUGGUCCACGCAUCAGGCUCACUGCACAAGCUCCCUGAACAGCAUCCUGGCCCACUCUCUGGACCAGAAGGAGCUGGUGAACAUGUUCUUCCCCAGGGAGCCGUCUGGGCGGGGCCAGGACCGCAGACCAAAUGUCCCGACACCCUUCAGGACGUGGAGGGACUGGGAAGAAUGGAUUCUCUUCCUGCUUUAGAAUCUGAGAAAUUGGAUUUCCUGUCGGCUCCUGCUCCAGAGGUCGUCCCCAAAGCCCAGGAGGUGGAGCGCAUGCCUGAAAUAAAGUCAGGGAGCCACCCAUCCGCACAGAGGCCCGGCCAUGGGGCGGGGGAGGGCUCGCUGACACCCCCUCACCCCCAUGGGCUGGGGCGUGACGCAGCUGGACAGGAAGUCCACGCUGAUGGGCCCCCUCCCCCUGAGGAAGAGAACUGGGCAGUGGACUGUGGGCUCACAACACUCAUCCUGGAGCAAGAUCGGCAGGGAAACGUAUCCCACCCGGGGGACAGCAGCAUAGAAGUGAUUGCAUCCGAGAGGCCCUUACUGUGUCCUGAGAACCAUCUCCAGAUAUCCCAGACACACCCAGAAGCAUCGGUGUUCGGUAUGCUCAGGGAGACAUCCCAACAGUGCGAAAGCAAGAAAGAGACUUAUCCAGGUGAUUUGGAUUUUAAUAUCCUGGGCACAGAUACUCCUCAAAUCCACAUACCCGUGGAAUCUCGGGAAGAUGUGAGCUUAUCCACUCAUGGAGGAAAAGAACGGGUUUCUGAAACAGAACUUCAAAGUGAACUUCGCAAAGGCAGUCUGUCUGAUGCUCCGAGUUCACCUCCUGGGGACACAGUUCUGGAGAAUCCUACAACUGAGAAGUCGCAGUUGUCAGCACCCACGAGGCCUGAGUUGCCUGCACUCGGGAAGAAGGGGCAAGACGGAGAAUGCAGCGGCAGUCAGCUGUCCAGGAGCUCAUCUCCUGCAGUGGACACCUUCCAAGACCCUUCUCUUGCAGGUAGCUUGAAUAGAAAGGAACAUAGCUGUACUGGGCAGGGGCCACACGAGUCCCAACAGAAGCUGGUUGAUGGGCUGAAUGCCGGCAGCCAGCAUGAAGAAGCAUGUCUUGAAGAUGCAGGCAUUUCAGGAGCAGCUGACGCUUGGCCCCAGCUCCAGGACUUGGGCAAGACAGAGAAGGCAAGUGGAAACACUGUGGGGGCCCCGCCUUGUCGGCCUGACUCAGUAGCUCUCCCAGAGGCAGCUCACUGCCGGCCGGUUCCAGCACCUACCAGCCCCCGAGCCACACCCACCCAGGAUGCCCCAGUGAGAGACGCAGGUGAAGAAACCCAGGAGGGCGGGCAGCAACCGGGGUUGGUCCCACAGAAGGAAAUGGAGCACCUCACUGCCUCGGAUGCAGAGGUCCCGGAGCUUUCUGGGAUUUUCCCAUCAGCCAAGGAUCAAGGUGCAGAUGGUGCUGAGACUUGUGGGAAGGCGGACGGAGGAGCCCUGGGGAUGUGGCAGGCUCUGGGGGAGCCAGGCUCCCUCCAAAUAGAGCAGCGCCCCUCCCCUGGGGAGGAAGCCUCUACCCCUGCUACAGGUGAGCAGCUCUCAGCCAACUGCCAGGAUGUCUGGCCUGUAGCUAGGGAGCUGGCUGGAAGUCCCAGGAGCCUGGUAGAUCUUUCUGCAGCGCAGGUUGUCCCUGACUCAAAGAGGCUCCUGCCGUCUGGACCCCUGGAGGAGGCUGCCCCUGGCACUCCUUACCUGCACAUCGAGGGUGCUGCCAGGAAAGGGCUGGAAGACAGUGUCGUGAAAGCUGUCUCACCCCAAGGCCCUGGAGCCCCUGAUGAAAGCCCUUGUUCCACUCGGGAGCCCCUGCUUGCCUCGGAAAAGGCCUCCUCCACGGAGGGCUCUGCUGAGUCCUCCCUCUCACAAGCAGGAGCUGCAGGUGAAGGAAUCUCUGCAGCGCCAGCCAGCCCCAGAAGCCCCAAAGCCGGGACAUCAGAGGGUCCUGUGGACUCCGUGCCCUACCUGGACAGGAUGCCAUUUCUGGUCAAGGGUAAGCAGACCACAGAGGAGGAGAAGUGGUCAGGAGCUCCUGGUGCAAGUUCUGAGCCCGGUGAAAUUCCAGCAUGCCCUGUCAGUGAGGAGAGCAAGGCAGGGGAAGCAGCAAGAGAGACCGAGGGCAGCGGGGAGAGGAUGCUAGAGCCUUCCAAGGAUCCCAGGCGGGGAGCAUCAGCUGAUGUAGACGCCAGCUGCAGGCAGACCGGGAUGCUCGCUGGGUUGCCUGAUUUCAGGGAGCACAUCACCAAGAUCUUCGAGAAGUCUGUGCUUGGAGCCCUGACCACCGAUCGGCCCCAGAGCACAAAGGGAGAAAAGGUGGGAGCCGGGAAGAGGGUGAUGGAGAAGGGCCUCACAGUGCCAAGCCCAGAGAAGCUUCCAGAUGCAACUCAAGGAGUGGCCGUCGCCCCUCUCCCCACCCUUCCCGCUGGUCUCUGGGUGGACUCAAAGGGGAAGAAGCAAGAGCUGACUGUGGAGGCUGAGAUUUCUCGUCUGGGUCCCCAGGAUCCAGCUCCAGGAAAGCUGCCGGGGCUGGCCUGGCUGGCCACAGAGCACAACCUGCUGGGCGCCAGUGUCGGGAAGGAAAUGAGCGAGGCCCUGCAGAUGCUGGCAGACAGCAAGAAGCCGGAGGGGGCCGGGGAAGGCUGGUGGCCGGGACCUGGAGGAGUCCCGGCCCAUUCACAGCAGGCAGAUGGCCUGCAGGAAUCAGCUUCGGGUCUGUCUUCAGAAGCAGCAUCUCCAAAGAUUUCUGGGGCUGACUUGCAGGUGGCUUCCCAGAGCCAUGGAGAAGGGGAUUCAGGUCCAGAUGACAGGAUUCCUUCUGGAAAACAGUGCCAGGAAACAGCCCGCCGGGACAGUCAACCCAGAGAAGAUGGUGCCCGGGGCUCUUCUUACCCAGGGGCUCUGGGUGACACGCCAGGAUCCACCUCUGCCCAGGGAGCAUCUCCCCACAGGGACGUCCCACCUCUGCCCGAGGCCAUGAGUGAGCCCUGCACCCCAAACCCGCUUGGGGGUGAGAGGGGGCGUGUAGGUGCAGCUGGCGUCUCGGAAACACAAGAUGCCCUGCGCACCCAGGGCCCCUCAGAUCCCCCAGCUGGGGAAGUGGCAGAGAAUCCGCUGGAGCCCGGCUUGGAAGCUGGAGCUGCUGGGGAAGCAGAGGGUGACGUCACUUUGAGCACAGCUGGGACCGGGGCACAUGUGUCAGAGGACCUGCCUGAAACAGGUACUACGAGAAUGUUCUCCGGUGUGGCUGCUGCCUCGGCUGUGCCAGGAAGCCCUGGGUACCCAGGCUGCUUAGAAGGGGCUCUGAGGAUGGAUGCUGAAGUCGCCCCAGAUGGGGGCCGCCCAGCUGGGCCCCCACAGGCCGAGGAGCAACCCAGGCCUGAGCUCCCUGCUUUUGCGGGAGAUGGGAAGAUGGGUGUCUCCUCACCCCCAGAACCUGACGAAACUCGGGACCCGAAGCAGCAAAACCUGGAUCCAGAAGCACUGGACGCUGAGAGAAAGAGCCCCAAGGCUGGCCCAUCCACGUUACCUUUGGUUCCUGAGAAGGAUGCUCCAGACAUCACGGACAAGGUUAUUUCAGAUGAUGCCAGCAGUGCGGGAGGAGCAGAAAGUUCACUUGUACCAGAUUAUGUCAUCCAGCCAGCUGCCCUUGAAGACCUGGAAAACCCAAUCUUAGCCGCCUUGUCCUCCCAUAGUGAUGUCAGCAGCCAGGUCUCCACGGAUCUGACAGCCCAGAGCACCAUCCCAGCUGCUGCCCGCGUGGAUCUCACUGCUCCGGCCUCAGAAUACGCAUCUCUGCCUUCCGCCCCAGCUGGUGAUGGAGUCGAAGCUCCCGUCCCCUCCUGCCAACGUCUGGCCAAGGACUUAAGCAGGAGUUCUGACUCUGAAGAAGCAUUUGAGACUCCGGAGUCCACGACCCCCGUCAAAGCUCCACCAGCCCCACCCCCGCCACCCCCCGAAGUCAUUGCAGAACCUGAGGUCAGCGUGCAGCCUCCCCCGGAAGAACCAGGAUGCGGCUGUGAGCCCGUCUCCGUCUCGGAUGGCCCCCGCGGCAGCUCCGUGGAAGGCAGUCCUUUCCAUCCCCCGUCACACUCCUUCUCCGCCGUCUUCGAUGAAGACAAGCCGAUAGCCAGCAGCGGGACUUACAACUUGGACUUUGACAACAUCGAGCUGGUGGAUAACCUUCAGACCUUGGAGCCUCGCCCCUCAGACCCUAAGAAUCAGGACUGCAAGGUGAACUCACGGAGGAAGUCCACGGACUCCGUCCCCACCUCUAAGUCGACGUUGUCCCGCUCGCUCAGCCUGCAAGCCAGUGACUUUGAUGGUGCUUCUUGCUCAGGCAACCCCGAGGCCACGGCCCCGGUCGCGGAUGCAUACAGCGCGGGUUCGAGCAGUGCUGCCAGUACCCUUAAGCGAACUAAGAAACCGAGGCCGCCUUCCUUAAAAAAGAAACAGACCACUAAGAAGCCCCCCGAAACCCCCCCAGUGAAAGAGACACAACACGAGCCCGCCGGAGAGAGCCACGACCCCAGCGAAGAGAAUCAGAUAGCCGACACGAAAACAGAACCGGCCAGGGCGGAAGGUUCUAGAUCAGCCUUAUCGGAGGAGGCACCCCUAGAACCUGCUGCUGCCCCCAAGGCGGCCUGCCCUCUGGACUCCGAGGGUGCAGAAGGGGCUGUCCCCCCAACUUCUGGGGGUGGCAGAGUGCAGAACUCACCUCCCAUUGGAAGGAGAACCCUGCCUCUGGCCACGGCCCCGGAGGCAGUGGAGGUGACCCCAUCAGAUAGUGGGGGGCAAGAGGACUCCCCAGCCAAAGGCCUCUCAGUGAGGCUGGAGUUUGACUAUUCUGAGGACAAGGGUAGUUGGGACACCCAGCAGGAAACCCUGCCUCCCACCAAAAAGAUAGGCAAAAAGCCGGUUGCCAAAAUGCCCCUAAGGAGGCCAAAGAUGAAAAAAACACCCGAAAAACUCGACAACACCCCUGCCUCGCCUACCAGGUCCCCCGCUGAACCCAAUGACAUCCCUAUUGCGAAAGGUACCUACACCUUUGAUAUUGACAAGUGGGAUGACCCCAAUUUUAACCCUUUUUCUUCCACCUCAAAAAUGCAGGAGUCUCCCAAACUGCCCCAACAAUCCUACAACUUUGACCCGGAUGCCUGUGAUGAGUCCAUUGAUCCCUUUAAGACGUGCUCUAAGGCCCCCAGCUCACCUUCUAAAUCCCCAGCCUCCUUUGAGAUCCCAGCCAGUGCCAUCGAAGCCAAUGGAGUGGACGGGGAUGGGCUGAACAAGCCCGCCAAGAAGAAGAAGACGCCCCUCAAGACUGACACGUUUAGGGUGAAAAAGUCGCCAAAACGGUCUCCUCUCUCUGAUCCACCUUCUCAGGACCCCACCCCCGCGGCCACGCCGGAAACGCCGCCCGUGAUCUCGGCAGUGGUCCACGCGACCGACGAGGAGAAGCUGGCGGUCACCAGUCAGAAGUGGACGUGCAUGACGGUGGAUCUGGAGGCUGACAAACAGGACUACCCCCAGCCCUCGGACCUGUCCACCUUCGUGAAUGAGACCAAAUUCAAUUCACCCACGGAGGAGUUGGAUUACAGAAACUCCUAUGAAAUCGAAUAUAUGGAGAAAAUCGGUUCCUCCUUACCUCAGGACAACGAUGCCCCGAAGAAGCAGGCCUUGUACCUUAUGUUCGACACGUCUCAGGAGAGCCCGGUCAAGUCUCCCCCUGUCCGGAUGUCCGAGUCUCCAACGCCGUGUUCAGGCUCAAGUUUCGAGGAGACUGAAGCCCUUGUGAAUACGGGGGCAAAGAUCCAACAUCCCGUUGCGCGAGGGCUGGCCCCCAACCAGGAGCCACACUUGCAGGUGCCAGAGAAGUCCUCCCAGAAGGAGCUGGAGGCCAUGGCCUUGGGCACCGCAUCGGAAGUGAUGGAAAUUACAGCUCCCGAGGGCUCCUUUGCCUCUGCUGACGCCCUCCUCAGCAGGCUAGCUCAUCCAGCCUCUCUCUGUGGUGCGCUUGACUAUCUGGAGCCCGACUUAGCAGAAAAGAACCCCCCAGUCUUUGCUCAGAAACUUCAGGAGGAGUUAGAGUUUGCCAUCAUGCGGAUAGAAGCCCUGAAGCUGGCCAGGCAGAUCGCCCUGGCUGCACGUAGCCGCCAGGACACCAAGAGAGAAGCUGCUCACCCACCGGAUGUCUCCAUCUCCAAAACAGCCUUGUAUUCCCGCAUCGGGACGGCCGAGGUGGAGAAACCCGCAGGCCUUCUGUUCCAGCAGCCUGACCUGGACUCUGCGCUCCAGAUCGCCAGGGCAGAGAUCAUAACCAAGGAGAGAGAGGUCUCAGAGUGGAAAGAUAAAUAUGAAGAAAGCAGGCGGGAAGUGGUGGAAAUGAGGAAAAUCGUGGCCGAGUAUGAGAAGACCAUUGCCCAGAUGAUAGAGGAUGAACAGAGGGAGAAGUCGGUCUCCCACCAGACCGUCCAGCAGCUGGUCCUGGAGAAGGAGCAAGCCCUGGCCGACCUGAACUCCGUGGAGAAAUCUCUGGCUGAUCUCUUCAGGAGAUACGAGAAGAUGAAGGAGGUCCUGGAGGGCUUCCGCAAGAAUGAAGAGGUGCUGAAGAAGUGUGCACAAGAGUACCUGUCUCGAGUAAAGAAGGAAGAACAGAGGUACCAGGCGCUGAAGGUCCAUGCGGAGGAGAAGCUAGACAGGGCCAAUGCCGAGAUCGCCCAAGUCCGGGGAAAGGCCCAGCAGGAGCAGGCUGCCUACCAGGCCAGCCUACGGAAGGAGCAGCUGCGAGUGGACGCUCUGGAGAGAACGCUGGAGCAGAAGAAUAAAGAGAUAGAAGAACUCACCAAGAUUUGUGAUGAACUGAUUGCCAAAAUGGGGAAAAGCUAA